AUGGAGUCCGCAUCCACAUCGCGAGACCCGGAGAAAGCAGAAUUGGAUGCUAAUCGUGUAGGAAGCCAAAGCCUAGACAGCAAUCCUGACCACCCAAACUUGACUUCCUCCUCAGAUACCUCGUCGUUUUCUUCGUCCCAGGAUGCGAUGGACUAUAUGUCUCGAGUCCAGACGGCACAUUCCCUGCGCGGAACAGGCCUGGAACGACAUCCGACAGCACUCAGUCGGAUCGCAACCCAGCGGAGCCAGCAUAGUGCAACAGUUGGCGCUGGCCUGAAGCCGCAAGUGCCGCGGAAACCUCUCCCCGAGUUCGGUGCGGGCAAACCAUACCCGCCUCCGCUACCUGCAAAGGAAGAGUAUGUCGUGGAGUUUGUAGGGCCUGACGAUCCUUUGCAUCCGCAGAAUUGGUCCAGCAAGAAGAAGAUCGCGACAGCCAUGAUGCUUGCAUAUACAACGUUCAAUGCCACCUUCACCAGCAGUAUAUACUCUACCGCAACCUCCGUCAUAUCCCCUCAAUUCCAUGUCUCAACCGAAGUUGGAACCCUGGGCUUGUCAUUAUAUGUACUGGGAUUUGCGACGGGGCCGGUGCUAUGGGCACCAUUCUCUGAACUGAGCGGUCGACGUCUUCCGAUUCUGAUUGCCAUGUUUGGGUUCACGUUAUUUCAGUUUGCCGUCGCAACUGCCAAGGACCUCCAGACCAUCAUGCUGUGCCGUUUCUUUGGGGGGUUCUUCGGAGCGUGCCCUAUCGCAGUUGUUGCCGCCGUCUUCUCCGACAUUUUCGAUAAUCGCAUCCGUGGCCUUGCCAUCACCCUAUUUACCAUGACAGUCUUUACGGGUCCGCUGUUUGCCUCGACAAUCGGCGGCUUUAUUGUACAGAGUCAUCUCGGCUGGCGCUGGACAGAGUAUCUCACAGGGAUCAUGGGCGCCUCGGCCUUGAUCAUGGAUCUCUUCUUUAUGCACGAGACCUACCCACCGGUGGUAUUGAUCGAAAAGGCCGCGGAACUACGCCGGCGCACCAAGAACUGGGGGAUCCAUGCGAAGCAGGAAGAAAUCGAAGUAGAUCUUCGCGAACUACUGCAGAAGAAUUUCAGCCGGCCGAUCAAAAUCCUCUUCACCGAGCCCAUCGUCUUAUCUUUGAGUAUCUACAUGGCCUUUCUGUAUGGCCUACUCUACCUCUUCCUGACGGCCUAUCCAAUUGUCUUCCAGAAAAUCCACGGGUUCGGAAAGGGUGUGAGUGGGCUCCCAUACCUGGGCAUCAUUAUCGGCGAGUUCAUUGGCGGCAUCUUCAUCAUCCUCACACAGCCCUGGUACAAUGGAAAACUCGAUUCCAACAAUGGCAUCCCGAUCCCCGAGUGGCGGCUGCCCCCGGCCAUCGUGGGGAGCGUGGCUUUCGCUGGUGGACUUUUCUGGUUUGGCUGGUCCGGGUUCAAAGCCGAUAUCCACUGGAUUGUGCCUACAUUGUCUGGUCUCUUGACGGGAUUUGGCUUGCUGUGUAUCUUUCUCCAGGCCCUGAAUUAUAUUGUCGACGCAUAUCUCCUCUUUGCUGCCUCUGCCCUGGCUGCUAACAGUAUCCUGCGGUCGUCGGCCGGCGCAGGCUUCCCGCUCUUUGCAUCUUACAUGUUCAAUUCCCUUGGCGUCAACUGGGCCGGGACGCUGCUUGGCUGCGUGGCCGCCGUAUUGAUCCCUAUGCCCGUGCUCUUCUAUCUCUAUGGGCCUAAGAUCCGGGCUAAGAGCAAGUUUGCCACCGACUACAUGAUGACAAUCCAAGCCCACAAUGACGAGUGGACCGAGUAA